AUGGGUGGUUAUCUUGGAGGAGGAGGUAGCCGUCCACACUCCCAACUACCCUCCACUCCAAUGCACAAUGGCCCCUGUUACUGGUGGCAAGUGACCCGUGGUACAUGA